CCCAAAAAAAAUGAUAAGGGACUGUAGGCGAGGCGAGGCGAGACCUCGUGCAAGAUUCUAUUUGAUGCGGCUGUUUCAUGAUAUGGGAUUUGUUCCUCUUUUCCCUUUCGGCUUUUCUCAUCUGAUGGUUUUGUCAUGAGGUCUUUAUGAGGAGGUCCCUUUGCUUAACAGUCAAACCGUACUGCCACUUUCGCAUCAUGACUGAUGAGACCGAAGCCUCACUUCAUCACUGAGUUAACCUGACCCGGCAUUCUAUUGUUUCUCACUUCCACUAUCCCGAGACCUCAUUCAUCCUUUAGCCUGCAGCUCUUGGAACAUGGCGUCUCAUCUCAGAUCAUUUGCGCCAUCUCUGGACGAGAUCAAGAUCGAUCAAAUCACCGAAAGCAGGAUCUUCAAUGUCGUCUCCAUGCUUCCAAACUCACUCCCCGGGCCAAUUCGUUUUCUCAGACGGAGUAUCAGUUUUCACACUCUACGUCCAGGUGUGACAAUAUCUGGGCCACAAACAAAACCUCGGCCUCUUUCAGAAGCUGAUGUCUCGGCUACAAUGGCCCAGCCACUCCAGACCGACAUGAUAAAGCACUCAGGUGGAUUUGUAGAGUCACAAGACUUAAAUCCUCAGCCGAUGAGUCGAGUCCUUUAUUCGGAAGCACCAGAGGAUGAACCAGUUAUGCGAGCUGCGUCUGGCGUGCAUUGGAAGUUUGCACGACAGGGAACAAAUCUUGUCAACAUCUCUAUAGAUGGAGGCAAAGCGGCUGUAGCAGAGGAGGAUAUCGCUUUUGAGCGAAAAGCCUUUGUUGACGGGGUGACAUAUCUCCUCAAAGCUCUUCCACAAGAACUUGAUGAAGGCGAACUCAGAAGAAUCCAAUGUGCAUUGCCAGAGCAAGUCAACCAGUCCGACAUGGCUCUGGCUCGAGCAGAGCCCGACUCAAACCGCAUUCAUCCAAGUCAAUCCCGUUCAAUCAUUCACCGUGGAGUUCAAAUGACUGUGGUAAAUCUCAUAUUCUUCCUCAGCUUCCUAAUGCCAUAUCUGCUCUUACUCGUCAGAUGCGCAGCUCGACUGGAGCGCAAGUACAAGAUCUCGGAGAAGGUCGUAGGUCACGGCGUGGACUUGGUCAACACAAUUGGCAAGCAGAGCGCUUUAUUGACUGAAGCAAUCGGUCAGAUGAAUGAUGGCAAAGUUGCACAGGCUCUAUUGGAAGUGUUUGUUUGGACUGUUGAUGGUGUAACUCAGGGUAUCUCGGAUGGACUCGGGGAGGGUCUUUCGAUGGUGGGGUCGAAACCAAAGAUGAGUGGCUAGAGCCUGGAAGCUGCUGGAGGGAACUUGCAUCAGAAGGAGUUGUCAUUGAGGAUUUAGAAAUAGAGAUAGAAGAGUGAUCAUUGGUUAACGGAGUUUUGUUUUGAUACUGGCAUUUACAUAGCAUAAGGUAAUGGAAAUUGCAUGAGACCAUAAGAUACACUCUCUACAAUUCAUACUCGGGGA